GAUCAAUAAUUGUUUUUUUUUUUGCGAACCGCAGCAUGGGAGCGCGUGUCACAUGCACUUGCUAGGCAAAAGCAACAGAGGAGGAGGUGGAGGAGGAGGAGGAAGAGGAGGAGGUGGUGGUGGAGGAGGAGGUGGAUGAUGCUGCGGCAGGCGAUCUACGGCGCGCUCAAAGCCUCGUUCUACUGGCUCGGCUUGUUCGUGAGCCGGCACCCGGUGUUCUUCCUGACCGUGCCCGCAGUCCUCACGGCGCUUCUGGGCGGCGCGGCGCUGCGCGGAUUCGCGCCCGAGGCUGACCUGGAGCGGCUGCUCGCGCCCGCGCACAGCCUCGCCAAGGUCGAGCGGCGCCUCGCCGACAGCCUCUUCCCAGUGGAGCGCUCGAAGCACCGCCUCUACUCGGACCUGCACACGCCGGGCCGCUACGGCCGCCUCAUCCUGCUCGCGAAGCGCGGCGCCAACGUGCUCGAGCUGGCCGAGCAGGUGCUGCGCGUGCACCGGCGCGUGCUCGAGCUGCGCGUCGCGCACCGCGGCUUCAACUACACCUUCGCGCACCUCUGCGUGCUCGACGGCCAGCGCGAGCCCCGCCGCUGCGUCCUCGACGAUAUAAUCGCGAUCUUCGAGGACAUCCGCGAGGCCGUCCUGAACAACAACACGCUCGCCAAAGUGCCCGUGACCUACCCCAACACAACGCUACGGGAUGGCCGAGUGGCAUUUAUCGGGCACCAGCUGGGCAGCGUUGUGCUGGCAUCACAUGGUCGUGAGCGGCACGUCAAGUCGGCACGGGCUGUACAGAUCACCUAUUACCUACGUCGGCUGACUCCCACAGUCCAGGAUGCUAUCGCUGAGAAAUGGGAGAGUGAGUUUGGCAAGAUGGUGCAACAUUUAGCAACAGCCAGCCCCGAUCUACACGUGCAGGCUUUGACGUCGUUCGGCCUGUGGCGUGACUUCCAUGCUACGGGGGCACUGGCGAAGGGCGAGGUGCUGGUGGGCUUGGUGUUGGUGCUGCUGGCUGCCACUAUCUCCAGUUCUAUGCGUGACUGUCUGCGCGGUAAGCCCUUCUUGGGACUUCUUGGCGUGCUCACGGUCUGCAGCGCCAACGUGACUGCUGCUGGCAUCUUUUUCAUCUCCCAUGGCAAGUUCAACUCUACCCUGCUUGGUAUCCCCUUCUUUGCCAUGGGGCAUGGAACCAAAGGGGUGUUUGAGCUCCUGGCUGGCUGGAGAAGAACCCGGGAGAGUCUGCCGUUUAAAGAGCGAGUGGCAGAUGCCUUUGCUGAUGUGAUGGUAUGCUACACCAUGACGAGCUCGUUGUAUAUUAUCACAUUUGGCAUGGGGGCCAGUCCUUUCACCAACAUCGAGUCCGUGAAGGUGUUCUGUCAGAGCAUGUGCGUGGCCAUCCUGGUAAAUUACUUCUACGUCUUUUCCUUCUACGGCUCCUGCCUGGUGUUUGCCGGUCAACUGGAGCAGAACCGCUAUCACAGCGUUUUCUGUUGCAAAAUCCCUUCUGUAGAAUACCUGGACCGCCAGCCUACAUGGUUCAAGACUAUGAUGAGUGAUGGCCAUGAUCUCUCCACACACCAUGACAGUAUGCCCUACCAGAAUCACUUUAUUCAGCACUUCCUGAGGGAACAUUACACAGAGUGGAUUACUAACACAUACGUCAAGCCCUUUGUGGUCAUUCUCUACUUGAUUUAUGCCUCAUUUUCAUUCAUGGGAUGUUUACAAAUUAGUGACGGCUACAACAUAGUCAAUUUAUUAGCUAGCAAUUCGCCCAGUGUGUCGUUUGCCCUGACUCAGCAGAAGUUGUUCAGCAACUACAGCCCAGUGAUUGGUUUCUACAUCUAUGAGCCAAUUGAAUACUGGAACUCCACAGUACAGGAGCACCUCAAGACACUUGGUCAGGGUUUUAAUAAGAUUUCAUGGAUUGAUAAUUACUUUAAUUAUCUGAAGGUCGCAAACGUCAGCGCGUCCACCAAAAGCGAUUUCAUAAAUAUUCUCAAGACUUCGUUCCUGAAGAGACCGGAGUAUCAGCACUUCACAGAAGACAUAAUUUUCUCCAAAAACGGGGAAGAGUAUGACAUCAUUGCAUCCAGGAUGUACUUGGUUGCCCGAACCACAGAGAAAACAAGGGAAGAGGUGGUGGAACUGCUCGAGAGACUCAGACCCCUCUCCCUUAUAAACAGCAUCAAGUUCAUUGUCUUUAAUCCCACCUUCGUGUUCAUGGACCGCUACAGUUCCUCGGUUGUCUCGCCGAUUCUAACAUCAGGGUUCAGUGUCCUGACCAUCCUCAUUCUCACCUUCUUCCUUGUCAUUAACCCCUUAGGGAACUUCUGGUUGAUUUUGACCAUCACAUCUGUGGAACUGGGUGUCCUUGGCCUCAUGACACUCUGGAAUGUCGAUAUGGACAGUAUCUCUAUCUUGUGCCUUAUUUAUACUCUUAACUUUGCCAUGGAUCACUGUGCCCCUCACCUCUACACGUUUGUACUGGCCACUGAGCACACCAGGACUCAGUGCAUCAAGAUUUCGCUCGAAGAGCAUGGGGCAGCCAUUUUACAGAAUGCCUCAUGCUUUGUGAUUGGGAUAAUGCCCCUGCUCUUUGUGCCUUCCAACCUGACCUACACACUGUUUAAGUGCUCGCUGCUCACCACCGGAUGCACAGUGCUGCACUGUUUCAUCAUCCUCCCCGUCUUCUUGACUUUUUUCCCUCCCUCUAAGAAAAGGCACAAGAAGAAGAAACGGGCGAAGAGAAAAGAGCGUGAAAGGGAGCGUGAGCGAGAUGAGAUCGAGUGCAUCGAAGUCAGAGAUAACCCUGAUCAUGUGACCAGUGUCUGACAAUGUCUGUGUGAGUGUUACACGGAAUUGCCCGUCCCAUAGGAUGAAAUUACAUGUAGCAUUUCAUUUGGUCAUUGGGGUUAAAAGUGCAACAACCCCUCAGCAACUUCACUAAUGGGCAGGCUUGCUUUCUAGAGCAGGAAAUCUUCUGUUGUACCAUUCAUCCAGGCUAGUAUAUAGCAUCUGCCUGCUUCUGUUGAGAGGUCACAAAAAAUAUCUGGGAAGCAAAGUCUGCAAUUCAUGUUAAAAUUAUAGCACAGACCAAGAGUUAUUCAUCAGGCAGGUUGUUAGGGGCUGAGAGUAGAUAGAUUGAGUAGUACUAACACUAUUAUGUCUUCACUUGUCCAAAAUUGUAGCUUAAAUGUGGCCAGAAGUAAAUAUGUUCCUAAAUGGCUAAAAAGAAUAGAUUUAAGAUGACUGAAAACCUUGUGUAUUUUUUGUUCCAUUAGACAAAAUAGACGAGUAAUUAUUGUCCUGGUUAUCAAAAAAACGCCAAAAAAAAAAAAACUAUUCACAUGAGCUAGUGUUUACAAAUGUAGCAUGGCCUUUGAAGUUUCAUUGAGCAGAGCAGAUGUUAUACACUGUCCUCGGUUCAACAAUAAUGAACACGAACGGUACAAUUUCUCUAGAAAAAACACUGAAAGAUCUUAUCAUUCCUAUGGUUUAAAACAAAAACCAAGAAGUAUGUACUGAGAACGAACCAAAUGUUUUGAGUCAAUUUGGGUGUCUUAAAAGACUAGUUGAGUGGAUAAAUAGAUGCUACAGUACACACUGUAGCCACAGUGAGAUUUUUUUCCCAAAUGGAUACCCAUUGCACAUUUUUAAUUUAAUAAAGUAAUUUAAUGAAGAGCUGUUGAGCAAAGCAGAUGGUCUAGAAUUAGCACCACAUAAGCAAGUGCAAGCUAGUUGUAGUACAAACAAAGGCUGAGGGAAAUAAACACUGUAGUGAAGGAUUAAUCGCUAGAACCUAGAGAACAACGAAUAUUACUUACAAAGCAGUUGGUCAACUACAACUAAAUAAUAAUAAUAAUAAUAAUAAUAAUAAUAAUAAUAAUAAAAGUACAACUGUAUUAAUAGAGUAAUAUAAGCUAAUUUCUAUGGGUUAUAAUACAACAGUACAAAACACAAAAAAACAAGCAAAAAAUGGAACAACACAUACCCUGCAAUUACAGAAAUGUUGUCAGGCGUAAUUUGUUCUGUAUUAUAAUUACCGAAUAUAAAUAUUAUGGUCCUUAGAUUUUUCUGCAACAUAUGUUAAAAGACAUUUCUCUAUCUGAUUAAACUAAUUGAACUUGUUACAGGUAGUUGAAUAUUAGUCAGCCUCAAGGAUUAGUUCGACCUCAAUUUUAGAAUUAGCAUACAGCAUAUAUUUAAGGCAAAUUAAAUAUUUUAGGAGUUGGAAUUUUUAGUUAAAAAAAAAAGUUUUAAUCAUUUGUGAAAGCCAUGGAUGAAUCAUGUUGUCAAACGCUAGCUAUCAGCUCAACAACAGAAAAAAAAAUUCAGAUGAAUCUUCUCCAGUUAAACAUCAGAUUCGCAAUGCUGACUGCAAUUUCUAUCCAAAUUUUUUUCGUGAAAACUAGCAUGUGCGAUUGUUGGCAGAGUUCGUUGCCAGUGUUAGAUCCAUUUGCCACUACUGUGCAGAGUCAAUAGUGUAAUAAUAAAGGCAGAUAUCUGUAAGAAAGCCACCAUUAAUCAGUGGUUUUUUUAUUGUCCCAGGACUGUAAAUCUGGAAGAAUUCUGCGACUCAGCUCACAUCAAAAUGUGAUCAAUAGUUAAGGUUAGGGCAACGUUUAACAAAUGUUAUGAUUUGUAUGCAAUGCAGCAUCAGCUUAAUAAUUCAUUAGAAUUCCUGCAGGUUGAGACAGGUGUGGACUAAAAUAAAAAGUUAACGUCAGUGUGAAUACAUCUAUACAGUAUAUUACAAAAGAAAAUACACCCCUUACAUUUUAUUAACCGUUGUAUUGUUUUUUCUCAAGGGAAAA